AAAAUCCAAAGCCAUUAGAGAAAGGAAACGUUGGAACCGGAACGCUCUCUCUCUCUCGCAUCCAUAUUCACAUUCAGAUUUCUCACCAAUUCGAGCGAAGGAAGCGGAAAUGGGUUUGACCUUUACGAAGCUCUUCGGUAGGCUUUUUUCUAAGAAAGAGAUGCGCAUUUUGAUGGUUGGUCUUGAUGCUGCUGGUAAGACCACGAUCUUGUACAAGCUGAAGCUUGGAGAAAUUGUGACCACCAUUCCCACUAUCGGAUUUAAUGUGGAGACUGUAGAAUACAAGAACAUCAGCUUUACCGUUUGGGAUGUUGGUGGUCAGGACAAGAUCCGUCCACUUUGGAGGCAUUACUUCCAGAAUACACAGGGCCUUAUUUUUGUUGUGGAUAGCAAUGAUAGGGACAGGGUCGUAGAGGCAAGAGAUGAGUUGCAUAGAAUGUUGAAUGAGGAUGAGCUUAGAGAUGCUGUUUUGCUUGUAUUUGCUAACAAGCAAGAUCUUCCUAAUGCCAUGAAUGCUGCAGAAAUAACUGACAAACUCGGUCUUCACUCCCUUCGCCAGCGCCACUGGUACAUCCAGAGCACAUGCGCGACAUCCGGGGAGGGCCUGUACGAAGGUUUGGAUUGGCUUUCCAACAACAUUGUUAGCAAGGCUUGAUGAGAGGUGGUUGAUGGUUUGGUUGGUCAGGACUGUGAUCAGAGGCCAUUCGUGAAAGGAUAGUGUUUUGUUUUUCCUUUCAGUGAUUAUUGUUAUAAUUAGGGAAAGAAAGAGUUCUAUUUUUACACAUAAUAUGUACUCAGGAUACUCUAAGCUACACUCUUAGCUUUUAAAGCUUCAUUCUUUUAUUACUUUUUCAUUUAAUCCCAAUUUCAAUUAUUUUCAUCU